CAUGUGAUGCGAGAUCUGGCAAGUAUGUUCCACACAAGGCCCCCACCUAUAUAUACAUCUAUUUAUGUGUAUAUAUAUAUAUAUAUAUAUAUACAUAUAUACAGAAUUUGAGUUCAUGAGCGUUCACAAAUUAUUCUUCACACCCUCAACGUCAAGUACUUCAAAAACUUCAAAGUCUUCUUCUUUUUGAAGUCGUUGGAAUUUGUUUUGUUUAAUUUUCUUCUUUUUUUCCUAAAAAGAAUGGAUAUUAGGCAACUAUUUAGAAGGUCUUCUGCAGUAGGCGUACCAAAGGGCUAUUGUGCAGUUUAUGUUGGAGAAAGCCAAAGGAAGAAGAGGUUUGUGAUUCCUGUAUCAUACUUGAACCAGCCUUUUUUCAAAAAUUUUCUAAGUCUAGCUGAAGAAGAAUUUGGAUUUGAACAUCCUAUGGGUGGUCUUACUAUUCCCUGCAGAGAAGAAAUCUUCAUCAAUCUCAUUGGCUUAGUACCACAACUUUGACUCCAAUGACCAGGCCACUAAAAUGUGGGUUGGGUUUUUUCUGUUCUUGUUCAUGACUUUUAGAUUAGUGGGUUUUGCUCUAAUUAUUUAUUUGAAUAGAGCCAACUUGCUAAGCCAACAAAGACUGUUUCUGGACCAAAAAAGAGUAUGGCUCUGAUCCAUUGAAUGAUCGAAUUAAGUAGAUCACCAAGGCAGAAAUGAAGCCUUCUUGGAAAGAUCAGAAGCUUGAACUAGGGAGAAAGAUGUAAACAUCAAUACACGAUGGAUGAAAUUUAGAUAACCGUUCAAAUACAAUUAUUUCAAUUUAGCUUUAGGAAUUGGAUUGUUUUUAGUCUGACCAAUGUAUUCAUUUGAGACUCUCUAAGUCUCCAUUUCUUGAUUUGUAUGAACAGCUUGUUUAUGAACCACCUUUAUAAGGUGUUUUACAAUUUAGUUGCAAAUUUAUUUGAAGCUAAGCCAGUUGCACAUUAGGAAUUCA